CCCAAAACCAUUUAUUUUGCAGAUCUAUUCCGAGAACACAGUCGUCUUUCCAAGAAGCUGAGUAUCGAGGAACUGAGAGCGCUAAAGCGAUUUAUUAGAGACAGAGUUGUGUUUGAAAACCAAGGCUUGCUAUUUCGCCUUCAGUUUUUGAAGUGUGCCCAGGACCAGAGUGAGAAGGAAUACGAAAGAUCACUCAGCACUCUUCAGAAGGAGCUCGGUGAUGAGAAAAUCAUAGCGCAGGAGUUUCAACGAGAGUUCGGAAACCUCACGAGAGUUCUACGACAGCGAGAAGAGCGAUACCGCCGGAAGAACGAGACUCUUAUUUCAGACGUUAAAAGAAAUCACGAGUCUGUGGUGAAACUGGAAAAAUGCAAUGAAGUUCUUCAGAAGGAAAUUUCUGAAAAGGAAAAAGUCAUACUCAGUCAAGAAGAGAAGAUUGCAGAACUGGAAAAGCAAAACCGACUACACUGUAAAUACGACCAACUUCUUAAAGAGAAUGCCAAGUUAUACCAGGAUAUAUUGAGGUUAAAAAGUACCAUUGAUUCUAAAAACAAAGAGAUAUUAAUUCUCCAAAAGAAUUUAAAUGGAAUGAACGAUGAUGGACAAGACGUCCUGACGGACGAUGGCCGGUUCUGGAGGUGUAAUGGUCAGCGAUGUUUGUAUAAAUGUAACUUGGAGGAGUGCCGUGUGGAACUGGUACACAAGUGCGAAGAGAACACGUUCCUCAACUACAAGAUCCAGGAAGGAAGGAGGAAGUUGAAAGAACAAGCCAGACUUAUAGGAGCGCUGACUUCAAAACCAACAGUGGCGCUUCCACAGAUUAGACCCAUAUGUCAUUCGAGUAAAAAACUAGACAUGGAAACACAUAAGCCUAAUAUGUUGUCGACGGGAAAACGAUAAUUACGUGCG